UCUGAAAACGUUUUAAGCGAUUCGUAAAUCAGAAGGCUCAUGAGCAACCUUAAAUCAGUUGUGCUGAGUGUAUGGACCAUUCACCUAAGAAAAAUGGUGGUAACAAUGUCAGUGUAACUGUCAGAAUCUAAAAGAAGCAUAUUCUUCAAAUAUGGAAGAAGAUACCAAACCUCUUUUGAUUCCUGAGGAAGGUGACGAAAGCAAUUAUGGAAUCAUGAAUAUACAAUUUAAUCCAGAAGAUUUUAAAUGCAAAAGACCAUUCCAUGUAGAGCCUACAAACAUAGUUAGCAUGAAUGAUGACAUGCAAAGAGUCACUGAUGAAGCUUCAGCAAUGAAUAAGCGAAUUCAUUACUACAGCAGGCUCGCCUCUCCUGCAGACAGGGCAUUGAUUGCUCCUGACCAUGUACUUCCAGCUCCUGAUGAAAUCUAUGUGUACAGUCCAUUAGGAACUGCUUUUAAAAUUGACAGUUGCACAGAUGGCUAUGGUAAAAACUCCAGUAUAGUGACAAUAUUUAUGAUAUGGAAUACAAUGAUGGGUACCUCUAUAUUAAGUAUCCCAUGGGGAAUAAAACAGGCAGGCUUUACUUCUGGAAUCAUUCUCAUCUUACUGAUGGGCAUUUUGACACUUUAUUGCUGUUACAGAGUUGUGAAAUCACGGAAAAUGAUACCUUUACUAGAUACCUCAAACUGGGAAUUCCCAGAUGUUUGCAAGUAUUAUUUCGGAUCCUUUGGUCAAUGGUCAAGCCUCUUGUUUUCUAUGGUGUCACUUGUUGGAGCCAUGGUAGUUUACUGGGUGCUUAUGUCUAACUUUCUGUUCAACACAGGAAAGUUUAUAUACAACUUUGUUCAUGAUAUUAAUGUAACAGAAAUUGUUCCUGGCACUAAUGGAAGUAACAAAGUCAUUUGUCCGGGUGCUGCUGGAGAUAACCCCCCACAGAACGAGAGCAUGACAUUCUUUUCUGGCAACAAUACAAGUUUUGAGCUCUUUGAGAAGUGGUGGGACAAGUCACGAACAGUACCGUUUUACCUGAUUGCUAUUCUUCUACCCCUGCUAAAUCUGAAGUCUCCAUCUUUCUUUGCAAAGUUUAAUGUCCUAGGCACAGUUUCAGUUGUCUACUUAGUUUUUCUUGUCACUGUGAAGGCUGCUCAUCUUGGGAUCCAUUUAGAAUACAACUGGUUUACAGAGAACGAAUUUUUUGUACCAGAAUUUAGAAUUCUGUUUCCUCAGCUCACAGGGGUUCUGACACUUGCCUUCUUCAUCCACAAUUGUAUCAUCACUCUUCUUCAGAAUAACAAGAAUCAAGAAAACAAUGUGAGAGACCUCUCUGUUGCUUACUUCCUGGUGGGAUUAACAUAUCUGUAUGUUGGCGUGAUAAUUUUUGCAUCUUUUCCUUCCCCACCAUUAUCCAAAGAAUGUAUAGAACAGAAUUUUCUAGAUAAUUUUCCCAGCAAUGACAUCAUGUCAUUUGUUGCAAGAAUAUUCCUGCUGUUCCAGAUGAUGACUGUAUACCCACUGUUGGGCUAUCUGGCACGAGUUCAGCUAUUAGGACAAGUUUUUGGAAACGUUUACCCAAGUGUUUUCCAUGUGCUGGUCUUGAACAUAGCAAUUGUAGGAGCUGGAGUAGCAAUGGCAAGGUUUUAUCCAAAUAUAGGAGGUAUCAUAAGAUACUCUGGAGCAACAUGUGGUCUGGCCUUUGUAUUUGUGUAUCCAUCUCUCAUCUACGUGAUCUCCCUGCAUCGUGCUGGGCAGCUGACGUGGCCAGCAUUGAUCGUUCACAUCUUUAUAAUCCUCCUUGGACUGGCUAAUCUGAUUGCGCAAUUCCUCUUGUGAAAACUCCUCCUUCUCUCCGUGGCUGUCACAAGUGGUACAGUGACAUUUGGCAACAGCCUUGAGCAACACUAUCACACAUGAGAACUGAGCAGUCUUCAACAUGAAUUUUCUGAGAAAAGUUGCACCUUUGAAAUGAAUUCAGAUCACAUCUUUUAGGCAUUUAAAGGAAACUUGCUUGCUCCUGCAUAAACAUGAUUUUAUGAGAAGUGAAUUAGUUCAAAUUUGAGUGGGGUAGUUCCGUGUCUUUGAACAUUCAUCAAGGAUUAAUUAAGACCAAAUAUUUUAAUUUCCUACAGCCUGUGUCUCAAAACACUUGGCUUUCAGUCUUAAGCUGUAGAACUCCCUUCUUCUAAAAGAAGUUUUCUUACCUUUAUUAACAAACAUGCUGUCACAUUAUUUUUCAGUGACUGUUCAAAAUGCUCUUUGUUGUAGUUGUUUCCCUGUUUUGUUUGGAAAAUGAAAAAAUGGUUGUAUAUGUAUUUUUUAGGUUAAUUUAUCAUCAUAUGGAUCAAAAUGCGCUCUUAAUUUUGAAUAUGCUAUUAAUUUUUGGCAACAUUUUUCCUCUAGGAAAUCCCAAAUAAGAGAAACAAUAAACUGAUGUCUCAGUGUUUUAUUCAGAAUCAAUAGGUACACAAGUUAUUUGUGAGCUUACAAUGAAAAAAAUCAGGACAGUAAAAAAAAAAAAAAAUUAACCAGGCAGUAGCUCAAUUAAAAUUAGAAUUCCAGACUUGACCUCACUUCAGCUCUGUUAACUGGGUUGUCUUGCCAGGACUUGAAUGUGCUUUUAUUGGUGUAUGUUGGAUGCAGCGUCCAGCAUAGGCUUUCUUCCUCGCCUGUACAGUCUUAAUCUAGUGAUCAGUGAUCUCUCACUGUGCUCUUUGGACGUUACUCCAAACAUUUUGAGCCUGAAGAGGAAGAUAGUAUAGAUAAAGCUAGAACGCUUGAAAAAUUGUGGACUAAAUCAAAUAAUAUAAGUUUUAGAUAAUUCUUAACAGAAGUUGGAGGAAUCUGGAAAAGGCUUUGUUUUUAUUUUAAUCUCUUGUUUACUAAGAGGGUGUGUGUACGUGUGUGUGUGUGUGUAUGUGCGCGUGCGCACGUGUUUUCCUUCACUUGUCUAUGGGUCUGAGUCUUAAUCUAAAACAAUCAUUAAUUAAGUUGCCAUGUGCUAGUACAAUCUCAUCUUUUAAGGUGAGAGGGAGAGCAAAAACUCUCCUGUACAGAAUUUCAGUGUAUUAAAAACAAGUUAGUAAAUGUAAAAUAAUUGAAAGAGGACUCUAAGCAACACUAAACUCCAAAAUGAGUAAAAGAGGAAAAAAGUUGGAGUGAUCCAAUGUUUGUGAAGUGGGAGUUGAAUUGGGAAAGAAAAUUAAAUGGCAGGGUAAGAAUUUUUAUUUUUCUGAAAGAUACCAAAAAGCACAACCUAGAUAAUUUACUAUGUUUCUCUGGGAAAUGACAUGAAUUGCUGUAGUAUAUUUGUAGACCUGUUUGUGUUUGAGUUAGGCUCCUCAAACUGUGCAGAUGUUGGUUUUCUUAAAUGUUCUUUGAUUUGUAUGAAAUACAAGAGCAAAUAGAUCUGGAAUAAUAUCUGCAGAAUAGAAUAAUUAUUUCAGGUUCCCUUUUUUGUCUUGUGCCUUUAAAAUCAGAACUGGAAAAUACACCCACCAUCCAUUCUGUAUUAGAGAGACAUGUUUGACCAUAUCUUUGUCAUUUUCCCUGUGUACUGUUAUCUUCUGCUGCUUGGUUUGCUUAUCUCUAAGACAUACCUGUUCAUCCUUUUCACUGCCUCAGAAUGAGUGUAUCCUGCAGUGCUGAAUCAUUAGCACUGGGCCUGCACAUCAGCAUUUUAGGGACUGGGUUGACCUUUCCCAGAAAAUUUAUUUAAAUGUCUAGGUAGUCAUCGCUACACACAACAUGAUGGCUGCAUUCCUUCAACAUUCUCAAUAGUGUAUUUCAUAAAUUACCCCCUCUGU